AUGGAGGCUAAAUGGUCAAGUAGUGGCUCUCAUGCUUGGAGGAGCAUCUUACAUGGAAGGGAGGUUUUGCUUAGGGGCUGCCAAUGGAGGAUUGGAAAUGGGAAGGCAGUGAGUAUAUGGCAAGACCAUUGGCUGCCAAGGAAAAAUAUGCCACAAGUUCAAUCACAUAAGGUGGACACAAUGGCUGAUGCUAAAGUGGAGAUCUUGAUUAAUGGAGACACAAGGCACAACGGAGUGUACUCAAGCAAGUCCAGGUACAGAUUUUUGAAGGCUGAAACACAGGCUGAACGGGAUGAUGAGCAGAUGGAGCAUGACAGAAUUUUGUGGCGGACAAUCUGGUCUCUACAGGUACCGAACAAAAUCAAGAACUUGGUGUGGCGAGCUUGUAGGAACUCGUUGCCAACUAAAGAGACUCUGGUGAGGCGAACUAUCAUCGAAAAUCCAACAUGUGACCACUGUAAACAUGACCCCGAAUCAGCACUUCAUGCGCUCUGGAAUUGUAGCAAACUGGAUGUGGAAUUGCUCUCAUGGCUCAUCACAAAGGAUCGCAGCUUGGAGCUGUUUGCAACGUCGGUGUGGCUUAUUUGGACCCAAAGGAAUCAGGUGCGUGUGAGCCAACCAAUCUUAAAUGUCCAUCAAAUUCCGUCGUUGGCAAAGGAGCGUGUAGCUGAGUUUGCAGCCACCCAACCCGAGCCUUUCAUCACUCGACUUGCUCUCUCUGGUUUCCGGGCUAAGUGGCAUCCUCCACAUCCUAAACUGGUGAAGAUAAAUUGUGGCGGAGCUGUCUUCAAGGAGCAGAAAAAAUCGGGUUAUGGAGUAGUGAUCCAAGACAGCAAUGGUUUAGUCUUGGCCUCUAUGUCUAAACUCUCACCAUAA